UGCCACCGCCGCCGACAACGCCACCCCCCGCUCUCUGCAGCAAUGAAGUCCAUGCUGGCCGUGGUAGCGCUGGCCGCCGUCGUCCUGGCCGCCGACGACGACGGCAAGCCCAAGCUGAGUCUGCCGCAGGCCGACCUCUGCGCUAGCCGCGCCAAGCACUACAACUUCAGAGGACACAACUACCUGUUCUCCUGGAACACCCAGGACGCCGGCACGCGCACCUGGUUCCACGCGCGCAACUACUGCCGCGACCGCUGCAUGGACCUCGUCUCCAUGGAGACGGGCGAAGAGAACGAGCAGAUGAAGCGCUUUGUCGAGAACGGCGUCGGCCGCUCCCAGUCGGUGUGGACAUCGGGUCGUCUCUGCAACUUCAACGACGACUGCAAGCGUGAGGACCUGCAGCCCAUCAAGGUCAACGGCUGGUUCUGGGCUACGCCGCGCGUGCGCAUGUUGCCUUCGAACCAGAAGACCCCCUUCAACCCCCGAGGAGCCAUCAACGAUUGGAGCUCGGCUGGACAGUGCGGUGCUCAGCCGGACCAGUGUGACCAGAGGUCGGAUGAGGCCUGCAUGACCGUCGGCAACAACGUCUUCAACGACGGCAUCAAGUGGCACGACGAGACCUGCCACCAGAGCAAGGGCUUCAUCUGCGAAGACUCGGACGAGCUGAUCAACUUCGUCCGUUUCAACAACCGUCACCUCAACAUUUAAAGUGCGCGUUUCGCGUACUGUUCCGGCCGGGCUGUCGCUGGUCGAAGCAGGCCCUCAGUUGACGUCGGAUAGAGGUCGGGAUGACGUGAUGUGAUAUUCCUCUCGGGCCGGACCGCUGAGGCGAAUGCUGAAUGGUGCUGUAUUUAUUCGGCAUGUUGUGAUGGGAAAAGUGAGCGACAUUUACGUGGCGAGUGCAACUUUGGUAAUAUAAAUUAUACGCCGUGCA